AGUGUCGGUAGUUUGUUGUAAACGCUUGCGAGUCGCGUCGAUUGUUUACAGUGUGAAGCUAACGUUGCUAGCCUGCUGUAACCGUUUUGCAUUAGCAUGUUAGCUCCGCCGCGGUGACAAAAUACUCGUGGACGUAGAACUGACAUGACAUUAUUAACACCUCCGACAGCCAGUAUGUCAUUUGACGUAAUGUUAGUGGUUUGUAAAUGUUGAAACGCCGGGUUGAUAGUUGUGUUUUGUGUGCGGUUAGCUUGUAGCUCUGUAGCUUUGUGCUUCAGAGUUUGCGAUGCUGCAGUUGUUUCCGUGUGACACGUCCAAGCAAACAGUAACAUGUCAGUCCAGACUAUAUUCAGUAGAAGAAUUAGAAGAUAGUAUAUCACAGAAAAAGAUGAAAAUCCCCAAGAUGUCCAUCAAGAAUUCAGGAAACUCAAUCGAGAACAACUUUGGAGAGGAGAGAAUGCCACUCAGACAUAAAAAGGCUCAGUCUCACGACCAUGGACGCCCCCUCUCCAACUCCUCAAAGAGUCUUGCAGCAGUAGUGGCUCGUCUGGAGAGAAAUGCAGCCAAUUCCUGUAUGGAGGGCGAAGAGGACCUGGAUGAGGACCGGCUGGCUGAGGAGGGAGAGGAUGCGGAUGACGAAGAUGAAGACAUGGAAGCGGCGCACCGGCGAUGUCAUCACCAGCAGCAGCAGCAACAUUUGGAGAUGGACACGAAUUGUGUGUCUGAGGCAGCCACCGCCGUCGUUCCAAGGGUUUUAUACGAGGAGCUGGUUCACAGCUACAGGCAACAGGAGGAGGAGAUGAGGCGACUGCAGCAGGAACUGGAGAGAACCCGCAGACAGCUGGUACAGCAGGCAAAGAAGCUGAAAGAAUAUGGCAGUUUGUUGACAGAGGUCAAAGAACUGAGGGACUUCAACAGGAGGCUGCAAGACGUACUUCUCAUGAGACUGGGCAGCGAGCCUAUGCAUGACAAUGGCACUCAGACAAUCAAGGCUGAAGUGGUUGAACCUAUUGUUGAGACCCCAGAAACAUGCAGAGAAGAAGCCAACACAAGUUCCAGCUAUUCGCCCUCACCUAGAACAGUGUAUACCUGCAACGAUGGAAAGGUACAUCUCGGUGGUGGGAUCUGGGUGGAGGAAGAGAAGUGGCACCAGCUGCAGAGGACCCAGGGAGACUCUAAGUUCACAAAAAACCUUGCUGUGAUGAUCUGGGGCACUGAAACUCUUAAAAAUCGUAGUGUCACAGGAGUUGCAACAAAAAAGAAGAAAGAUGCCCUUCCCAAACCACCAUUGUCACCCAGCAAACUGAAAAUAGUCAGAGAGUGUCUCUACGACAGAGUGUCUCAAGAGACAGCUGACAGCGCUGAGAUUACACAGAGAUUGUCCAAAGUGAACAAAUACAUUUGUGAAAAGAUUAUGGAUAUCAACAAGUCCAUCAAGAAUGAAGAGCGGCGGGAGUCCAAGCUUCUCAUCAGACAAACAGUCAAGAUGGAGAACUUCACCUACGAUGGCAUAUAGUGAUUAACAGUCGUGCCAGCGCCUUCUGCCCCACGUGGUUUGCAGGAUUAUGAGGGGACGUGGUAUGGGGAGUUGAGGAAUGCCAUCGGUGUCCCAGGAGCGGCCGUAUUUCUUUUACACAUUCGAUUGAUUAUUCUGUGAAACGUUAAAACAAAUAUGUCUCGUGCAACCUCCCUAAAAGACAAGCAUCGCAUUGGUCAGUUAUUUGAUUGCGUGCCAGACAGCUUUACCCACCAGUUAGAAAUUCAACACAUUAGAGAGUUUGGUUGAAGCUGGAGUGAGUGCGUUUAUGAACUUUACCAUAGCAUUGGUACAGCGAUAUGGUUUAUUGAGAUGUAUGCAUAUGUGUCAAAAGAGAAAUUAGAUGUGAUUAUUAAUUUAUUGUUCUGUGUCAGAACAUCCUUUUUGUGUCCUUGAACUUUUAAAAAGUAAGAGGUAAUUUCAGUCAAUUAAGUCUUUUGGUGCUGUAAAAUGUGAUGAUACUGGCUUAUGUUAGUUCUUAGAGUGGUUGACUAUUGUUUUGGGGACUAUCUAGUAACCAUUGGGAAUUUGAAUGUUGGUACUUAAUGCAUAGAAUGGGACAUUGGAGUCUCACUGCACACGUCUUAAUUAGCCAACAGCCAUAUGUCAUUUUGCUCCAAGAGAUUAAUUUUGGAAUGUGUGCUGUUCCUUAACUUCUUUUGAGAGAUUUGCUCAAGAGAAAUUCAUUGGAAAGUAUGACUUUAGCUUUGAGUGAAGAAUGCAAUAUUUGUUUUAAUUUUAUCUUUUAAGGUAUGAAUAUUUGCCGUCGAUGUAUGAGCACAAGAAAGGUUUUGGUGGGAAAUUUGUGUGUUGCUGUUAAAGUCAUCUGAGAAAACUUGACCAUAGAGUUUUAGCGGUACAGGCAUUUUGAUGCCUAGAAAGGCCUUAAUCCGAUUUUGGCAAUCACCAGGGACCGACAUCCCCCUGGGUUUUCUAGUAAACUGUGAUUGUAAAUGUUUAUUAAGCUGAAGUGAUGAAGCUUCACUUGCACUUUGUUGUGAGAAUGCAAGAGGUAGCCAGGUACUGUUUUAUGUGUGGUUUGCACCAUUAGAUGAACCAGACUGGUGCCCAUAUGAGAACUGGGGCACAGCUUGGCUCAGUCCAGGUCAUCUCGUUGCGGAGGCAGUGUUAGCUGUGGGUAAAGCUGUCUGCCACGCUGUGUUUCAGUUGAGAUUGUCUGGUCCUGCUGAACCCAAUAAUAACCCCAUAGUCUUUUAAGCUCACUGCUGGGGAAAAAGUAAGGUUGCUCAAGACACAUUUUCCUCCAAGCAAUGCCAUCAGAACUUUUAAAAUGUCCUAUUCUUGUUUUUCUUGUAUAUAUUUUUAAAUAUGUCUCUUGUUUUUUUUUUUCUUUUUCUUUUGUUAUAUUGUUUUGAUCUGAAAUGGUUUGUGUGGCUACCUGUAGGCUGGAACUAAACGCUGCAGAUUGAAAUCUCAACUGUGACCUAGCUGUGGCUAACUGUGAAUCUGCUGCAGAGCUGCCCAUCAAGCCCUUCUCCUCUUCACACUCUAAAUUCCUGUCUCUCUCCUCCUUUUCUUUUCCGCCAUUUUUGUUUGCGGUGGGUUUUGUUGUAUCAAAAGUUCAUAUCAGCCUUGUGUUAAGCUACUUGAUGUUCUGGAGUAGUAUACAGUGUACAUGUUUUUACAUAUUUUUAUUUUUUCAUCAAUUUCUCUUUGUAUUUAUGCUACAGUUUUAAGGUUCCGAUAAAGUUUUUGUUUAGCUAAUUGACAUUUUAAUUCUUGUCAAUCAUAUUUCCUUUUUUUUAAUGAAUUAUUGGCUUUAAGCUAGGUAUUGUAUCCAAAUGUUGAUCAAUGGAGUCCUCAAGGUGAGGGAGAAAAGAAACACCUCACUCUUAACCAAAGUAAGCUCAGUGGGACAAGAGAGAAAAGGGUUUCUAUAAAAACUUGUUUGUACAGAGAAUAUACAUUCACAACGAGUGACACCUGAUAAAACCUCACUUAGGGUCUAUUUACUGAAAUAAUUGCCAUAGUAAGGUAAAACAUUGCGCUAUAAAAAUCAAGAUGCAGUAAUGAUCAACUGAAAUCAUUUACAUUGAACGCACUUUAAAUUCCUGUUCAAUUUCUUUAAUUUUAAAGAAACGUGAUGAUUGUCUUAUGUUUUUAGAAUCUACAUCUUAAAUAAUUUUAUUAUAAAGCACCUUAUCACAUUUACGUUUAAGGCAAAAUUGAGUUAUUACAUACUGUUUUUAAUCACCCCAAAUUUAAUAUUUAAUGGCAAAUUUUAUAAUAGUUUUUAAUCAUUUUUGUUAAAACUGGAAUCUGCAACCUUUUUUUGAAAAAAAAGGCUUACGAGCAACAAACAGCAGCAAAUCAGGAUUAACCAGUUGAAAGAUUUUACCUAUGAAAUUUUCAAGUUGACUGGAAACUGUGCUUAAACUUAAUAUGUCUACAUGCUGGCAAUGUAAAAAUAUGAAUUACUAUGAAUUAUGUAUUAUAAAUGAGUGGUAACUGUGAGAAGUAGGAUGUAGACUGAUGAAUCAGCUGGCUUUGCACAAAAAAUGGUUAAUGCCAAGGUAACGGAUCUUAGAAUUUAAAAAUGGUUAUUGUUUUUUGUUGGGUUCCCCCAGUAUUUUAUUUUAUUUUUUAGAUUUGUUUUAUUUUCCCUGUACAAAGUGACAUAAGCUUCAUAUGAACAAGGGUGUAUUGAAAAUACAUGCAAUUUAAAAGGAAAAAAAGGUUUCUGCUGUGGAAAGCAACCUUACUGAACUCGGAUGAAUUCAUGUGUGUUGUGUUUGUUUUCUUUGUUGCUUUCUUGUUUGUUUUUUCAAUGCCAAAAGAGGGUGUGGUUAUACGAUGCUUAAAGCAUUUAUGGAGCCAUUGCAUCAUCUAAAACUCUGGUUUCCUGUGGCUCGAUUUAGCCUAUUUUUCUUAACUUGAACCAUCUGCAUUGGAUGAAAGCUGUAAGAAAGUUCAGGAUGGUUUUAACCCAGAUUUAGCCUAAUCUGGACAACGAGGCCAAUCUAGUUCAAACGUACGAGCAGACCAGCAGUGUUGGUUUUUGCAGCAAAUUAUUCACCCAGCCCGUCAUAACCAUUAUUAGAUUUGCUGGAUAAUUUGGCUCUUCAAAUAUCAACUGUUGGAAACAUCAACUCUCUUGCUCUUUGUUGAUUUUUUUUUUCUUCCACGUUCCACCUCUCGUUCUCAAGUCCAACCUUUGAGUAGAUUUAUUAAUGCAUAUGCAUCAAGAUAAGGUGUGCUAUGGCUUAUGCUGCGAAUAGCAGAGCUUCAAAAGUGGGGGAGCUUUGUUUCACCUUUUACAUGUGUUGGUUUGGGAGCUGCGUGAUUGAAAAAUUAGUUUCACUCUUGGAAUGAGAGAGCUUCUUGCAAUUUGCAGAGCUGCAUUGUAAACCAGACACAUUACUGUUUGAGCCUCAGAUACAAUGUCAAACAUACGUCAUAAUGGAAAAAAAAAGUUAGGCAUAUAUUUUUAUUAAAGGUAUCAGUAACUUUGUAUACAAUCCACAAACUGAUUCUACUUCAUCUAACUUCACCGUCCUACCUCAUUGUUACUCUGGUGUUUGUCAGUGACUGUAAACUAUGUGUGUAUAUUAAAAAAAAAUCUAUAGGAAAAGUUAUACCUGAAUACUCUUAAAUGUACAGCAUAUAAAUCUUGUAAAACACCUCAAUACACAUAUAUCAUUCUUAGGAGGAAUCAGUUUUAUUACCUGCUUAAAAAUGCUGCUGUAAAGGGGUUUCUGUGUGAGGGGGGGUCGUCUCCGAAUAUAUAUCUUCGCUCUUUGCUAUGUUGUGCAGUUGAUCGCUGGUCGUGUUCUGUCUCUGUAUUGCAUUUUGAGAUUUUUACUGGUUGAUGGUGCUACCAGCAAACAGUUUGAAAACUGAUCUAUCGGACCUCAAAUGGUGCUGUUUUUUCUAUGUUUUUAUCGUCAUACAGCUGUGUUUUAUUCAGGUGUGUCAACCGCCGCUAUCCCCUCAGCUAAUCCAAUUUGAAGCCAAAAUUUUGUGCGAGGCUAAUAAUGCUGCCGUGUGUAUCAAAUAUAUGCUAUCCAUCCAAAUAUCUGUAGAUAGUGAUUAUAUCUCAAGCUUCAUAAGUACCUCAGAAGAUGUUGAUUUUAGGUGGAUGCAUCUGCUUCCAUUGUCCAUUUUAAAAAGCAUGCAUUUUUUACGAUAGAUCAGGUUGUUUUAUGGUUAGUACGUGGCUAUGAAUUCACAAAUGACCUUUUAAAUUUAAAUGGUCAGAUUGUCAUAUAUGAUAUACAGUUCACACUAAUCCCACAUAGCAGACAGGUGCGGGCCAGAUCUGGUGUCAGUCCAGCACUGCUGGCAUGGCAAUAGGUUCAUUACCCAGAUGUGGAAAUGAUGACACUGUUUUUUAAGAUUGUGUGCCACAACUGGCCCACUUGUGCUUUGGUUUAUGCUGUGCAGGCCCAUUCAUGGACAUCUAUGGAAAGCUACAUCUGGGCCAUCAUUCUGUGUGGGGUGAGUGUGUUGUGUGGGCCAGACAGAUUUUGCUCUGUGGGAUUCGAGUGUUUCAGUAGCUGAGGCCCUCACCAAAACCAUGUCCUGUUUGAGUCAGGUUUUAAGUUUUUCUUUUAGAUGAGGGAUUCAAGAAAAUAAAACCCAUAGAAUCAGAUUUCAAGAAUGUGUGAAAAUGUGGGGCUUACUCAGUCUUUAAGGUACUAUGUUUUGGUUUCUGCUUAUUGCCCGGAACAUUUUUUAUAUAUAUAUUUUCCAAUAUAAUCUUAAAUUUUCUAUUUGCAUCUCUUUGUGUCAAUAUUAUUUAGCAGAUUUGACUGCAGUCUUCAGUUUCAUUUGUGUUAAUUAGUGUCUAAACAAAAGUGCAUUACAUGCUCUUUUACCCUGCUCAUUGAGACCUGUUCAAUGUUUUCUGCACCAAAGUGUUUGAGAGCCACGCUUUCUGCUUUUUUUUUCUCUUUUUCUUAAACCCAGCUCUGUUUGUGAACAUAAACUGUUAUGCUAGCGCCUCUCUACUGUGAGUUAUUUGUGUUCAAAAAAACACAUCAGCUUAUUUCAUGGAAGCACUUAAAGCCAUUUUUUUUGGGACUGUUGUAUAAAAAAGGUUAGUUGUGACAAGUUUAAUUGAGAAGUUGUGUGUAGUUGAAUUCCUAUGCAGGUCUUGACUAAUUUUUUACCACAUCACUGUUGGGUAGAGGGCCAAUUACAGAGACAGAAAGCGAAAAAGAGCUGAAAAUGUCUGCGCAGCCUUGAGAUUGAGUCUAAUGGAACUCGGCGAUAUGACAAAUCCAUACAGAGCUUCUACAUUUUAAAGUAAAGCCAGCUAUACUGGGCUGCUUGGUAUCUCUAUACACAUUAUAGUUAGAAAAUUAUCGCAGUUAUCAUUAGGGAACGACAGGGUUUUUACUUUAUGGAGUAUUUUCCAGAUGGCAUAACAAUGUGAAAAAGACUCGAGACAUUUGCAGUAAACAAUCCCUACUGUAACCUCCCAAGUGGCACCCCUACAUUUACAGAAAAUGUUCCAGAUGUGUGAGAUAUUCAGUGUAAAUGUCUUUGCUAAACCAGCCACACCUCUGCUAUGCGAGCAACUCUUUGACGCUUAGCAUCCUGUUCUGUGUUUUCUCUUGCUGCAUUCAGGAACACCUGUUUAAUGUGUAGAUAAACAGAAAUAAAUCAAGACUUUUAUUCUAUCA